CUUGGCGACGUAACUUGGUUUGUUGUUGUGGUUGGAGUAGAGCAGAGCUCGGCUUGGGAAAACCAGUUUGUGGAAGUGGAAGUGGCCAGGUUGGGCAGCGGAUCGCCGCACAACUGCAACGGCAUCUCGGCGGCUAUUACAAUCCCAAACCCCUGGCAAAAAGAAAGUUUUGACGCAAUCCACGGGCCGCUGCCUGUAAUGAAGAAGCGUCGCAGCCACAGUAACUGCUGCACUCUUCCCGCGAACGGACGCAUCGGCUCCAGCGUGUUCCCCCCGCCUUUGUCUCUUUAUCUGGCCAGCAGCAUCGGUAUUUUGGGGCUGGACAACGGUCAGCGGACAACGCACAACGGACAACGAGACAUCGAACAACAAAAGCGGUAAAAAGUGAAAUCGCUGAUAAACCCGAAUACCCACCAGACUUUUGUCAAUCAAUGAAUGGCCAUUUGAACCUGGAGUCUAUUUCGAGAGCUCUGCGAAUUUGCCGCGCACUUGGGCAUAACAGAGAUAAUAGUAAAGUAAUAGCAAAGGCAUCCCCACGCUCCGUUGAGCAUGACACUUAAAUACCAUUGAAGAGUUGGCAGUCGUAGCAAUAAAAGUGAAAUCCGCACGAGCAAACAUACGCACACGAAAAGCAAAACCAAAGCAGCUCCGACGCAGACAUGGCGGUAACCACAGGCUCGAGCAGCGAGGCAACCGCAGCCACAGCUCCCGUCCCGCGGCGCAGGCACAGUACGCGGGAGCAGCUUCAUCAAAUGCUGGCCGGUGGACUGUCGGCGGCCAUCACUCGGUCUACCUGCCAACCGCUGGACGUGCUCAAGAUCCGUUUCCAGCUGCAGGUGGAACCGCUGGGCAAAAGUCGUUUUAGGGAGGGAGCAGGAGCUUUUACCUCCAAGUACACAUCCAUCGGUCAGGCGGUGAAGACAAUCUAUCGGGAGGAGGGGCUGUUGGCCUUCUGGAAGGGCCACAAUCCCGCCCAGGUGCUGAGCAUCAUGUACGGCAUCUGCCAGUUCUGGACGUACGAACAGCUGAGCCUGAUGGCCAAGCAGACCAAUUACCUGGCGGAUCACCAGCAUCUGUCUAACUUCCUAUGUGGAGCUGCGGCCGGAGGAGCAGCGGUGAUCAUUUCCACGCCGUUGGAUGUGAUUCGCACUCGGCUGAUCGCCCAGGACACUAGUAAAGGAUACAGGAACGCAACGAGGGCUGUGUCGGCGAUUGUGCGGCACGAGGGCCCACGCGGCAUGUACCGCGGUCUGUCCUCCGCCCUGCUGCAAAUCACGCCGCUUAUGGGCACCAACUUCAUGGCCUAUCGCCUAUUCAGCGACUGGGCUUGUGCUUUCCUGGAGGUCAGCGAUCGCAGCCAACUGCCCACGUGGACGCUGCUUGGACUGGGCGCCUCAUCGGGCAUGCUGUCCAAGACGAUCGUGUACCCCUUCGAUCUGAUCAAGAAACGGCUACAGAUCCAGGGAUUCGAGUCGAACCGCCAGACCUUCGGACAGACGCUGCAGUGCCACGGAGUCUGGGAUUGCAUGCGGUUGACCGUGCGCCAGGAGGGCGUGAGGGGCUUGUACAAGGGCGUGGCCCCCACACUCCUCAAGUCAAGCAUGACGACAGCCCUGUACUUUAGCAUUUACGAUAAGCUCAAGCAGGUGCGAUUCUAGGUCAGGUUUGGAGUCGGGGUUAAUGGCGGCUCAAACCCAUUGUGGCACCCGAGGCCCUUGUGCGCCGAUUCAGAAUCUGCACUGUAUUUUCUAUUUUUAUAUAUAUAUUUACCGCAGUGCGUAAAUAAUAUUAAGGCAUAGGCUAGCUGUUGAUUAGUUUUCGGUUAUGCGUACGGGGUUCUGUUUAUCUAAGCGCUUUAAACACACACAAAAACAAUUAGCACACAUGUUAAGUUAUAUAUAAAUGUUAGUUUGUAAUCCGUUAUCCGAGCAGAAGCGUUUCGCUUUUCAGCCAAACUCAAAUCAUUAUUUAUGAUUAUCUUUUGUUAAAUUUCCAAACGAAAAUGACAGGGCUGUAGCCCCAUUACUCGUUAAAUUAUUUUUAUUACACUUAAAUAUUCAGGGACUUUAAUAAAAACUGACUACAUCACCGA